AUGGCUGCGUCCUCUGCCCUUAGGCCGACUAUGCUGGCGCUUGGUCUAACGCUCGGCGUUCGAACCAUGCUCUAUUUCAGUAUAUUGGGGGCUUUAGUAAUUGCGCCUUCGCUACAAGCUCAUGCUAUUUAUCUCCACAAGGUUAGCCUGACAUGGUUCAAAGAUCUCAAUACGCCAGAGCAAUUCGGGUUCGCCCGUCACCAGGUUUCCCCCUUCUACAUUCCAACUCCUGAUGGCGUCAACCUGCACUCGUGGCAUGUCCUUCCCUUGGCGACAUAUGAGGCAUAUCAACAAGAUUUGCUCGCCCAAGGAACAGAAGCCGGUCUGGUUGAAAGCUUUGAGAAUACCCUUAACUUCCGACUAUUGAAAGAGAAUCCAAAUGCUCGCCUGGUCCUCUACUUUCAUGGAACCAGCGGCACAAUGGCCAGUGGUUGGCGCCCUGAUAGUUACCGUUCUCUUUACUCAGCCGAUCCUAUCAACACCCAUGUUUUGGCAUUCGACUACCGUGGAUAUGGAAAGUCUACCGGCUCCCCAAGUGAAGAGGGAAUCAUCACAGAUGCUGUUACCAUUGCUGAUUGGGCUCUCCGAACAGCAGGCAUUCCUCCUGAGCGGAUUGUAAUCUUUGGUCAAAGUCUAGGUUCGGCAGUAGCCAUUGCACUUGCCAACGAGCUUUCUCACAGGGAAAUGCCAGUUCACUUCGCUGGCCUAGUCGUUACAGCGACCUUUGCAGAUAUCCCUCAGUUGACGGCCACAUAUCGUAUCGAUGGGUUCAUCCCUGUACUUUCGCCAGUGGCAAAGGUAAAGCCACUGUUCGCCUUCUUCGCCCGUCAGCUUUCAAGCACUUGGGAUAAUAUGCAUAGACUGGGCGAAUUUGUCAAGUCAGCGAAACGAUACGACAUUACCCUUUUACAUGCUCAAGAUGAUACGGAUAUUCCCAUGGAACAUUCCGUCAAGCUCUACAGAGAAGCUGUUCGCACGGCCGAAGGUGCAAAUGAUCUGGUAGAGAAUGACGAGGCACUCCUCCACAGAAUAGCUAAGACCGAACAGAGCCGUGGAGAAGGGGGUUCGGUAACUGUUUGGGCCACCAAGAAGGGCGACAUACGACUAGAGAUUCUAAAGUAUGGAGUGCACGACAAGAUCAUGUCGUACCCUGCCACCGGCCUUGCCAUCAGCAGAGCGUUUGCCUCCGUACACUCACAACGAUAA